AUGGAAGAAAAUCUCCGGAUCACUGAUAUCCCUGCCUUGACAAAGGCAACGUGGGAAGUCUACAAUCAGUGUCAGACUUUCGCGAAAGAUGCCCCCGAUGGGUUUCGCAACCUCGUUACGCGAUUGGGAUCGCUACAGGGUGUGAUGCGAACCCUGAGUGAUGACUUUAUCUCCCAUACAGCAUUUUUCGAGCAAAUGAACGAAGACCGUCGAUUGAUACUGGAGCGAUGUCUGAAUGGUUGCUUUGAAACCUUGACUUGGUUGACGAGACUUCUUAACCGGUAUCGAGAGCUGGGAAUCUCAGAGGGAAAGGUUUUUUGGCAAAGAAUCAAGUGGUCUACACAGCGAGCACAGGUUGAAGAUAUCAGGUCUAAGCUUAUCGUUCACACAUGCAAUCUGAGCCUGUGUAUGAGCCCCAUUGGAAACUCUUCCCUUGCCGAUAUCGAAAAGACAAUGGUACAAGCAAUGAAGGACGAUGAGCACGCUUUGCUCGCCCUCGAAGCUUCUCGUCGCGAUUCAAAUUUGGUGGUCUCACCACUGAGCAUCAGGAGUGGUGUGUCUACGGAUUACGACGAUCUUGUAGACUCAUACUUGUCCCACCAAAUUGUUCCUCGAGUGUCUUCCCUGGCUUCAGGCAGCUCUCAAGGGCAAGAACGUCGAAGUUCCGGUCGGCCUAAACAUACAUCUACAUCAUCUGAGUCUGUAAUGUCCGGAUCUGAUGGCUACUUCUGUGGCGGAACCGCCCCGACAUCACCUUCAACGCAGAGUCGCUCGCAUUCUCAAAGGUUGAUGGAAAGGCUUGAGUUUUCUCGAGCCCUCUACGAAGGCUCUAUUGAUGGCCGCGCGUCUGACAAAAUUCUAUGGGAAAACGCCUCUGAUUUUCAGGAAAGGCAAAGCGUGGGUAAUUCUGACGAGACAUCGUCUGCUGAUUUUGGUCAUGAGAAUGUUAUGGAGGCUGUCACGAGUGCAAUGCAGCACUUACGCCAGAUUCAUCUCCAGGAACAGCUUGCUCGGCCCAUACGAUAUGUGCCGCAAAAUAAAAUGCACAAGCCUGAUCAGGAUACAUUGAAGGUUUUCGAAUCCUCGGUGAACGAGGAGCUUCAGGCCCGAAGACUCAUCGCAAGGGAUUGGCUUCGUAUUGCAACUUGGUGGCUAUUGAAGGCACGCGCUACUCUAGCCAACUGCGGCAAAAAUAACCUAGUUAGUGCUCGAGGUGGUAUGGUUAUGUCGAGUGACUCUAGGUCCGCCUCACAACAGGCUUAUGUUGAUCUCCUUAAAGCCUCGUACCUUCUCUAUGAGAUUGUUCUCAAAGACGAGAGCUCUCCCACUUUGUUGACUGAUGAAAAUCGCAAAACGAUCUCUGAUCUUUCCGAAGGCGUCAACGAUGAGCUUUCUCAGUACUCGUCCUUAGAUAUCCCCGAGCCUUCGAGUUUGUCUGCCCAGAACUUGGAUAUUUGGGAGCCUGUUCAGCCAGAAGAAGUUUCAGAAAGCAGCUUGGAUUUCUUCCGACUCGAAAAUGCACGCUGGGUAGCUGUCAACCAGGAAGAUUCUGGUAGUGAAGAAGAAAGGGUCCUCUUUCGCAUCUUUGUCAAUGCAGGGAUAGGAUCUAAGAAAUUCCGAAUACGCACCAGAGGUGCCCCGUACAUGCUCCUCUUAGCGACCAAGGAUGGCGAAAGUGAGCCCAAAAUCAUUCUCUGCAAUCAGAGUGGCUCCCUUUGCCUCCAGCGAGUCUUUAUACCCGAUGACCUACCACCGCUGAUCAAUCUUGCUAAUGCCAAUAUGACUGGUUCUCCCGGGGCCCGAAUCUCAGAACCAGUACCAUUCAUGUUCGAUAACACAACCGUCUCAAUUUCAUUCCAGUUUGAAGCAGAUUUGGGUCAAUUCAUUCACAUUCCCAAGACCUAUUUUGACGCAGUAUGGCAGAGGGAGCCGAUCGAUUCGAAAGAGUUCACCGAAAGUGUCAUUUUCAAAGGUUCAGUGGAGGUCUUUGAACACCUUAAAACUCCGAACAUGAAGCCCAUGAACCCACCAAUGAUAAUCAGGUCGUGCGAAGUCCGGAUUCUCGAACGGUCAUUUGGCGAAGCUUGGAGCUGUACUCGAAGAAUGGUGAUUAGUCCGUGCGCAGCACAAAGAAACCCACGAUGCAUCGAACUCUUCAUGCCCCAUAGCCGUGUUCAAAUAAAUCGCGAAAAUCUGUCGCGCCAGGUACUUCUGAAGUGGUCCGAUGCUUGCCAAGUACGAUCGAAGACUGAUGGCAACUAUAACGUCCUAUACUCUUACCUUUACGAUGACAGUGCACCAAACAUAGGCGUGGGACUACAUUUCAGCACUGAACAGGGUGCCGAAGACUUCGAACAAGCUAUUAUGGAAAUCAAUUUCAAGCCAGACUUCUCAUGGUCAGAAUCCAGCAGCUCUGGCCGCAUAUAUGAUGUUGUCGACACAGGCACCCAGCACAAGCAGUACAAGGCUGCAGUCAUUUUCCAUAACAGCUCGCCCUGGCGGUAUUCUGACGUCUAUUACCUCUAUCGUGACAUGGACUAUGUUUACCAGCACUCAUCACUCAGCGUCCGAUUUCCUCAUGCCUCCUACACGGAUUAUGUCUCUUCUCAUGUAAACCAGCUCUUCGCUGCAGACAAACCCGUCGUGUUCUCGCAUUGCGAAAAGAAAACAGGACCAGCAAUCAUCACAUUUAACAGCGAGUCUGUCUCGCGUGCGUUUAUGAGCGCCCUUUCUCCAUUGUACGAACUGUCUUACUCAAGGCGAAUUCUUUCACUUUCAACAAAAAGCAAUAUACUGGGAAAGAAAUCCGGCAAAGGUGGCGCUGAAAUCCAACUUUGGCGCAGAGGAAAUAUAACACAGCUUUCUGCGCGUUGGGACGAUGGUGUCCCCAAUAAAUGGCUAACUAUGUCUCUUCCAUCGAAUUGUCCUGACUCUUCGAAGGAAAACACUCGUGUCAAUUUUGCGAAGUUACCGUAUUCUCGUGGAAUAAGCUUGGAUAUGAUGAACAUUAUGGCUCGGACUCCUAAAACCAAUACGCUUGUGGAGCGAGAAGGGGUCAUUUCAAUAGUUUUUCGGACUACUCAAGGUGAUUUUCUUCUCAUAAUUAUCCUGUGCUCUGCUGACUUUCUUUGGGCUCAUAGAUCGAGAAGAAUUCCUGGGUGUUCUCCAGGGAAGACCAAUUUCCUCUACGUUUAG